CGCCUCCUCCCCCAUUCCCCUCUCUCUCUCUCUAGCCUCUUCUUGUGGUGUUUGUGCGGCGCACACGGCCCGAACAGUGAGGGGGGGGGGGGGGGGGGACGGACGCCGCCUGCGACUGCAAAGCUGUCAUCUUCUGCCCCCGGGCCUCGCCUCGCCCCUAAUAACAGUGGAGAUUCCCGCCUCCCCGCCCCAAUUAUGGAUACCCGCGCGGGGAGGAGAAGAAGAAGAUAGGAGGGGAGGAGUAGGCGCGAGGCUGCGGCCAUUGCUCCGGCUCCAGGGCCAUAGCUUCUCCUGUCCAUCACAUCUGUCAACUGUUCGGCGCAAUGAAGCCUUCAGAUGACAGGAUGCAGCUCUCAGGUUUGACGCAGUCGGAAGAGUCGUCGCUUGACGUGGAGGGGCAUUGCUCUCACCAUGAGGCAUUUCCUUGUUCUCCAUCGAUGCAACCGGUUGCUUCUGGGUGUGUGCACACAGAAAAUAGCGCGGCAUACUUCUUAUGGCCGACUUCAAACCUGCAGCAUUGUGCGGCGGAGGGACGGGCAAACUACUUUGGGAACCUCCAGAAAGGAUUGCUGCCGAUACUCCCUGGAAAGUUGCCCAAGGGUCAGCAAGCAAAUAGCUUGCUCGACUUGAUGACCAUAAGAGCUUUCCACAGCAAGAUAUUGAAGCGUUUCAGUCUCGGAACGGCAGUGGGCUUCCGCAUAACAAAAGGGGUUCUCACAGAAACCCCUGCCAUUCUUGUCUUCGUUGCUCGAAAGGUUCACAAGAAAUGGCUUAAUCCAAACCAAUGCCUUCCUGCAAUUCUUGCGGGUCCAGGAGGUGUCUGGUGUGAUGUCGAUGUCGUAGAAUUUUCAUACUAUGGUGCGCCGGCUCAAACACCUAAAGAACAGAUGUUCAGUGAGCUUGUUAAUAAGUUGUGUGGCAGUGAUGAAUAUAUUGGUUCAGGCUCUCAGGUUGCAAGCCAGGAUACGUUUGGAACUUUGGGUGCAAUUGUGAAACGACGCACCAACAACAAGCAAGUUGGUUUCCUCACGAACCGACAUGUUGCAGUUGAUUUGGACUAUCCUAACCAGAAGAUGUUUCACCCGUUGCCGCCGAAUCUUGGGCCUGGUGUUUAUCUUGGAGCUGUCGAGAGGGCAACAUCUUUCAUCACAGAUGAUGUUUGGUAUGGAAUUUAUGCUGGAACGAACCCAGAGACAUUUGUACGAGCCGACGGCGCAUUCAUCCCAUUUGCUGAUGACUUUGACAUUUCCACAGUCACAACUAUAGUUAGGGAAGUCGGUGAGAUUGGGGAUGUUAAGAUUAUAGAUCUGCAGUGUCCUAUCAAGAGCCUCAUCGGGAGGCAAGUUUGCAAAGUCGGCAGAAGCUCUGGUCACACAACUGGGACUGUGAUGGCAUAUGCCCUUGAGUACAAUGAUGAGAAAGGAAUAUGCUUCUUCACCGACCUCCUCGUCGUUGGUGAGAACCGCCAAACAUUUGAUUUAGAGGGUGACAGCGGAAGCCUUAUUAUCCUGACCAGCCAGGAUGGGGAGAAGCCACGUCCUAUUGGGAUAAUAUGGGGUGGCACAGCAAACCGUGGGAGGAUAAAGCUCACAAGUGAGUAUGGCCCUGAAAACUGGACCACAGGGGUUGAUCUUGGCCGCCUUCUUGAUCGUCUAGAACUUGAUCUUAUCAUAAACGACGAAUCACUCAAAGAUGCUGUGCAGGAGCAAAGAAAAGCUUUUGUGGCUGCAAUUAACUCUGCUAUUGGGGAGUCCUCUGCGGUGACUGUUACUGCCCCAGAAGCCACCCCAGCAGAGAAGGCUGAAGAGAUCUUUGAGCCUCUUGGGAUCCAAAUUCAGCAGCUGCCUCGUCAUGACCUGACAAGCGCCACAACCGAAGGGGAGGGCGCAGCCAACACGCCGUCCGACAUGGAAGAGCGUCAGUUCAUCUCGAACUUCGUCGGCAUGUCUCCCGUGCGCCGUGACCACGAUGCUCGGAGGAGCAUCGCCAACCUGAACAACCCGUCAGAGGAAGAGCUCGCCAUGUCGCUGCACCUAGGCGACCGUGAGCCCAAGCGGCUCCGUCUAGACCCGGAGUCCAGCCUGGACCUUGAAAAACAGCCUCAUCCAGACCCGGAACCGAGCCUGGACCUGGAGGAGCGACCUCAUCCAGACCCAGAAAUGAUGAGCCUAGACCUGGAGAAGCAGCCUCGCCCGGACCCGGAACCGGGUCUGGACCUGGAAAGGCAGCCUCGCUCGGACCCGGAACCGUGCCUGGACCUGGAGAAGCGCCUUCCAGCCGACCCGGAGCCGAGCAUGGACCUGGAGAAAUGAAGCGCUGAUCCCAAUGACAUUUAUGGGAUGAGCAUGUGGGCGAUCAAAGUGAGUAGAUGGAAGAACCCCUGCGGUUCAGCAAACUGAACCUGCAAUGUUAGUUUAUGUUAACUGCUACUAUUGGCUUCGUGGGAAGCAUAUCGUAUCAUAUCUUGUACUACUAUGGCACUUGAUUCAGCCCUUGUAGGAUGUUGUUGGGUGGUAUAGCCCUGCAGUUUUGCUGUGCUCACAAGAUUUGAUAUACAGAAUGCUGAAUCUGAAUCUCUUUUCUUGGAGAA